CCUCCUUAUGUCCAACCACAUCAUAAACAUCACAAAAAGAUGGUUUUAUUUCACUUUCUUCCGUUUCCUUAACUCCCAUCCUCCCUCACAACAAAUAUAUGAAGAACCACAGCCACAGCAACAUCAAUCAAUUCUGCAGCCAUUAAUGUCUUCUUCUUCCUCAAGCUCCUCACUUCUGCCAUACAACCAACUCAUUGCUUUCACCGUCGUCUUCCUCAUCAGUUGGAUCCUCCUACAUAGAUGGGUGCACAGAAACCGCCGGGGUCCGAAGACAUGGCCGCUCGUCGGCGCCGCCAUCGAACAGCUUAACAACUAUGAACGCAUGCAUGAUUGGCUUGCAGGUUACUUGUCUGAAUGGAGGACUGUUACUGUUCCCAUGCCUUUCACUUCCUACACUUAUACUGCAGACCCUGCAAAUGUGGAGCAUAUUCUGAAGACCAACUUCAGCAACUACCCCAAGGGAGAGAUUUUUAGAUCAUAUAUGGAGGUAUUGCUGGGAGAUGGGAUAUUUAACGCGGAUGGAGAGCUGUGGAGGAAGCAGAGGAAGACUGCCAGCUUUGAGUUCGCUUCGAAGAACUUGAGGGAACUCAGCACCGUUGUGUUUAGGGAGUAUGCUUUGAAGCUCUCUAACAUAUUAUGCCAAGCCUCUUCCACAGAUCAUCAUCAAGCUGUCGAUAUCCAGGACUUGUUCAUGAGGAUGACAAUGGACUCCAUAUGCAAGCUUGGUUUUGGAGUGGAGAUAGGGACACUGUCUCCUCAACUCCCAGAUAACAGCUUUGCUCGAGCUUUUGACACCGCAAACGAGACCGUCACGCUUCGAUUCAUCGAUCCCUUGUGGAGGUUGAAGAGGUUUCUGUGUGUGGGAUCAGAGGCUGCCCUCAAGCAAAAUAUUAAAAUUGUUGAUGACUUCACCUCUAAUGUUAUACGUACAAGGAAAGCUGAGAUCUUAAGGGCUAAAGAAAAAGGGCUUCAUGACAAUAAGGUACAGCAUGACAUACUAUCAAGGUUCAUCGAGCUCUCCGGCGCCGACAAUGACAAUGAGAGCGAUUUCGGCACGGAAAAAAGUCUGAGAGAUGUGGUGAUAAACUUUGUGAUUGCAGGGAGAGACACCACUGCUGCAACCCUCUCAUGGUUUAUAUACAUGUUAGUCAGACAACCUCAGGUGGCAGAAAAACUGUAUACAGAGAUGAAAGAGUUUGAGGAGAUGAGAGCUGGAGAAGAGAAUAUAAAUUUGGAUUUAUGUGAUUUGGAAAAUGAGGAUUCAUUCAGAAACAGAUUAUCACAUUUCUCAAGGCUUUUGGAUUAUGAUUCAGUAGGAAGGCUGCAAUAUCUGCAUGCAUGCAUUACAGAGACGCUGAGGCUAUAUCCUCCUGUUCCUCAGGACCCAAAAGGCAUAUUGAAGGAUGAUGUUCUGCCAGACGGAACGAAGGUGAGAGCCGGGGAAAUGGUGACAUACGUCCCCUAUUCAAUGGGAAGAAUGGAAUACAUUUGGGGCAUCGACGCAUCAGAGUUUCGCCCCGAAAGAUGGCUAAAUAACGACAAUAUUUCCGUCCAAAACAACGUCUCUCCGUUCAAGUUCACUGCAUUUCAGGCUGGUCCCAGAAUGUGCUUGGGGAAGGACUCCGCUUAUCUGCAGAUGAAGAUGACGGCGGCGUUACUGUGCAGGUUCUUUCAGUUCAGACUCGCUCCUCAUCACCCUCCUGUUAAGUAUAGGAUGAUGGCCAUACUUUCCAUGGCGCAAGGCCUGCAUGUGCUCCUUUGCAGGAGAGGAGCGUGAAUUUUGAUGCAUGGAUUUAUGUUAUAUUAUUAAGUUGUUUAUAGUAUGGUUAGAGAGAAAAUAUUACGCAUGUUUGUUGUCCAGAAGUGAAAUUGCAGACAAAAUCAAGAUUAUGUCAUGCCCCCUAAAUGCUUACUUCCUACAACAUGUAAGGACCAAUAUUCACAAAUCUAUGUUGCAUCAUCAUAAUGAACACAUCUAAUUGAUAAAUUAGAUUUA